AUGAACCGCGAAAACAGCCAUGUGCGGCUGGAGCACUCCAAGCUUCGGUGCGUCUGCAAGCUAACGGACUUUAUCCCGACUGGCUUACCGCUGAGCCAGAGCAUUGACGAACUGGCCAAGAGUCGGUAUCGUGAUGCCGCUGUCACUGGCGUCUACACAGGUGGUACCACAUGGCGACGAGGUGAAGUGGACUAUUCGAUGUGA